AAGCGGAAAAUAGCCGAAAGUCCUGGUUUGGCCUUGGGUUCCGCUGUAGGGGAUGUCCCGUGCGAGUGAGUGAGGAGGUGCUAGGGCUUUACCUACUAGCGGAAUCGCGCUAAGAGACGCCUGCCAGUGCGGGAGGUAGGGAGCUCGGGAGCUCGAUCCCCAAAGAAAAGAGCGACUGAACAGCAGCUGCAAGACAGAACCGGAGUGUGCGGGGUCCCUAGAGGCCGGUUCCUGGUCGGCGCUGCCCUUCUGGAAGCCAUGGUGCAGGCAGACCUCAGGGCGAUCCCCAGGAGCAGCAGCAGCAGAAGACACAGCGCCGGUCCAGGAGGCGGCUCGUGCUGUUAGUAAAGUCGCCCGACAGCUUUUUCUCCGUAGUAUGCGAGUUGGCAAAACAGCCAGAGAACAGGGCUCCAUUCCAAUCUUUUCAAGCUUUUUUCCCUUGCUAACCGGAUCUGAUUUGUGCGAAAACAUGCCUUGCACUUGUACCUGGAGGAACUGGAGACAGUGGAUUCGACCUUUAGCAGUGGUCCUCUACCUGGUGUCCAUAGUGGUUGCGGUUCCCCUAUGCGUCUGGGAAUUACAGAAACUGGAGGUUGGAAUACACACCAAGGCUUGGUUUAUUGCUGGGAUCUUUUUGCUGUUGACUAUACCUAUAUCGCUGUGGGAGAUAUUGCAACACUUAGUGCAUUAUACACAACCCGAACUACAAAAACCAAUAAUGAGGAUUCUUUGGAUGGUACCCAUUUACAGUUUAGAUAGUUGGAUAGCGUUGAAAUAUCCCAGCAUUGCAAUAUAUGUGGAUACCUGCAGAGAAUGCUAUGAAGCUUAUGUAAUUUACAACUUUAUGGGUUUCCUUACCAAUUAUCUAACUAACCGGUAUCCAAAUCUGGUAUUAAUCCUUGAAGCCAAAGAUCAGCAGAAACAUUUUCCUCCUUUAUGUUGCUGUCCACCAUGGGCUAUGGGAGAAGUAUUGCUGUCUAGGUGCAAACUAGGUGUAUUGCAGUACACAGUUGUCAGAACUUUCACCACCAUCGUUGCUUUAAUCUGUGAGCUGCUUGGCAUAUAUGACGAAGGGAACUUUAGCUUUUCAAAUGCUUGGACUUACUUGGUUAUAAUAAAUAACAUGUCACAGUUGUUUGCCAUGUAUUGUCUCCUGCUAUUUUAUAAAGUACUAAAGGAAGAACUGAGCCCAAUCCAACCUGUUGGCAAAUUUCUUUGUGUAAAGCUGGUGGUUUUUGUUUCUUUUUGGCAAGCAGUAGUUAUUGCUUUGUUGGUAAAAGUUGGCGUUAUUUCUGAAAAGCAUACGUGGGAAUGGCAAACUGUAGAAGCUGUGGCCACAGGACUCCAGGACUUUAUUAUCUGUAUUGAGAUGUUCCUCGCUGCCAUUGCUCAUCAUUACACAUUCUCAUAUAAACCAUAUGUCCAAGAAGCAGAAGAGGGCUCAUGCUUUGAUUCCUUUCUUGCCAUGUGGGAUGUCUCAGAUAUUACAGAUGAUAUUUCUGAACAAGUAAGGCAUGUUGGACAGACAGUCAGGGGACAUCCCAGGAAAAAAUUGUUUCCCGAGGAUCAAGAUGAACAUACAAGCCUAUUAUCAUCAUCAUCACAAGAUGCAAUUUCCAUUGCUUCUUCUAUGCCACCUUCACCCAUGGGUCACUACCAAGGGUUUGGACACACUGUGACUCCACAGACUACACCUACUACAGCUAAGAUAUCUGAUGAAAUACUUAGUGAUACUAUAGGAGAGAAAAAAGAAUCUUCAGAUAAAUCCGUGGAUUCCUGAACAGUAUGGAAAAGCAAACUGUGCAAAACUACUAUAUUAUAUCAUUACCUGGUAUCCCAUGGAUUUUGUGCUUGGUACAAACCAUAAAAGAUGGAAAAUGUCAACACAAAAAUAGCUGAAAGCCAGGUACAACUACUGGAUUUAUAUAUGUAAGUUUUGUAUAUCAAAAAUAAUUGGUCUAAAUUUCCUAGACUUAGACUUGAUUUCUUAACAUUCGAGUAUCACAUACUCAAAUGGCAGACAAUGACCCCAACUAAAUCUUCCUGAUGUUACACUGCUUUAUCAAAAGGAUGGACAUUUUUUUAAAAAAUCAGUACUUCCUACCACUGCUGCAUGAAUAUAAUGCUCUGGAAUUAACAGAAAGCAUAAUGCAGAAAUACAAAUUAGUGGAACUUAAUCAUGUGCCAUAUAAGCUCACCUAACAAACAAUUAUAUCUCUAUUUCUCAAAUGAAUGUCUUUCAAUAAAUAAGAAUUUAUCAUUUAU